CGAGAUGGUGCUGAGAGGGAGGAGGGGAAGAGAUAAGUGAUCUAAAGGGGAGACGAUAGGACAAAAAGUGAUGAUGAAUACAUUACAAAGUUUUUUGGCCCUGAUGAGGGUGUCAGAUUGAAUGGCCUGUGCGCAUGUGCGAAGGUGUCCAAACUGACAAUGCUUGUGAGAUGAAGAUAGUGUUGUUGCUGCUUCUGGGCUCACGGAGGACGAGAGGAAUCUACAAGCCGACAAGAUGAGAUCCAAGGCGAGGGCGAGAAAACUGGCCAAAAAUGACAGUGAAACAGUGGACAGCAUGUACGAGACAGAGCCCCACCUCCUGGCGGGAGGGGCCGAGAGUGGCGAGGAGGAGACAGAGGACAGCAUCAUGUCCCCCAUCCCUGCAGGACCCACGUCCCCGCACCCCAACAACCACCAUCACCACAGCCACCACGGGCGCCACCAUCACCACAACGAGGACCCCUUCACGCCCAAGGAAGGCUCGCCCUAUGAGGUGCCCGUCUACAUUCCCGAUGACAUUCCCAUCCCCAGUGACCUGGAGCUGCGUGAGUCCUCGGUCCCCGGAGCGGGCCUGGGGAUAUGGGCCAAAACCCGGAUCGGGAUGGGAGARUGCUUCGGACCUCACAGCGCACUGCAGAGUGCCACGGUCAAAGACGGCUCCUUUGGAUGGGAGGUAGGUCGUAGUUUUGAUSUUCUGUCUACAUUAUUUAGACGUCUUAGCUCAGUUUGUCGCUUAUUUAAGUACCUGCAGAGAGUGGUAAAUGUUCUGAUUGACGUGUUGAAGAAUUAAGGGUCCUUUUCUGUUAUGCGACCUUGAGAGAGGUAAGUGAACGGUGCUUGAGACUCUUGGUCCUCAGCUCUUUUAGCCCAGUGAGACCGUCUAGCCGCCAAACGAAGAUUCUCCUUCCAUUUGCAUCUCCUACUACCAU